AUGCAUGGACAUUCAUCACCCUCCCUCACUCCAAGAAAACCACGAGACGCCCCCGCCACAGCCCCAGCACUCUCUCCCUCUCCAAGUAAAAAACAUUUGCUAACUCCUCCAUUGUCAACGGUCCAGCGCCGGCGGACAAAAAUCGCAAAGAUCGAAGACCCGAAGGAUCGCUCCAAAACACUCUGUAAGAGGCGCAAGGGCCUCUUGAAAAAGGCCUCCGAUCUCCACGAACUCACCGGCGCUCACGUCGCCCUCGCCAUUGUCUCCACCAAGGGUGAGCUCCGCUGUGUCUGCAAACCCUCGAUCACGGAGAUAAUCUCUGCCUACCUCUGUCGCGAGGGCGACGUGAUGCCGACGGAGGGUCUGGGAGAGUGGCUGGACUGGGCGGAGAAAGAGUGCAAUUCCUGCACGACAAAGGAGGACUGCGCCUCCUUGAUCAUGAAGUACCAGGUUAUUCUCAACUGUCUGCGCAAGAAGUUGAUGGAUUUGGGGAACAACCCAUCGGUCAAGGUCGUCGCUGGUGAUGAUUAUGGAGUUGGAGUUGGUCGUGAUUCCAAAGUUUUGAACGAUGACGAGAUCGAUUCACUUAAAAAGAAUUUCGCAGCUUCUCAUCCUCUACUUUUUGCUUUCUUCAAGAACUACGCCCAUGAUGUUGAUUUUCACAAUCUCUUGACUUCUCCGGUCAACUCAGCCGCAGGCGGUGAAAGUUCGGAAGUGGAUUCCAACCCCGCGUGCUCCGAUCUUGAGGGUCAUGGGUUAGAUCCUGACGACCUUCUUGGAAGCUCAGGAGAGAAGUUCGUGCACUCCCAUCUUAAGGGCUGUGAAAAUAAUGACGACCACUUCUUUGCUGCACUGGAAGAUUUGAAUGUCUCUUUGUGA